CAUUCCAUUAUUCAUCGGAGGAACUGCAUCAAGUAUGGUAGGGAAAAUUGCUCUGCAUUUGAUUCUGUUUCUAUUCGGCUGUUUCGAUUUUGGAACCACGAUCGUCACAAUCGAUAACUUUGCCCUCAACAAGGAAUGCGACGCAAACACCCCGAUGGUCGUUCCUAAUUUCAAGGCCAACUGGUUCAAGGCAACCGAAUACUGCCACUACCUGAACCGGGAUCUGGUCGUGAUGACAUCGGCCGAGAAGCAGGAGAUCACCGGUAAGGUUUUGGAGGGUACGGACAAAUUCGGGGAUAAUUCUUUCUGGAUCGGUGGAAGCGAUCUGGCUGAACUGGGGAACUUUCAUUGGCACUCGACGGGUAGGCGGUUCAUGUGGUACAACUGGAACGAGCUGCUGCCAAUUCCUGUGGCAACGGAUGGUCGGCAGGACUACCGGUGUGUGCUGCUAAGCAAUCAGUCCGAAGCGGGCGGGUUCAAGUGGUCGCUGGUUAACUGCUGGGAUGAGUACUACUUUGUGUGCGAGACGGCGAUUUAUUCUUAGAUGGAAUGUCUUACAUCUAAAUUGCAGUCAGAUUUUUGUUGAAUUUAAAAUAGUAAAGGUUUUUCUGAACAUA